CAAACCCUCGGGGGCGGGGGCGUGCGCGGCCGGAGCCCGGCCGGAGUGGCGCGAGGCCCGCGCGGCCACAGUGGUUCCGGGACUCGCGGCCGGGCGCGCUUCCCGCCACCUUCCGGCCCAGCGCGGGGAAGCCGAGGCCGCGCUCCCACCUCCCCUCGGCGCAGGCUCGCAUCUCCCGCCGCGUCCCCGGUCGCUGCUCCGGCUCUUCACGGUCGCGGGGCCCGGGCCUACCCCGCGGUCGGGCCACCUCCGCCCUCUCCGCCGUGACGAAUCGGCGCCCAACUGGCAAAGUACGCAAAUUCGAGGAGUUUUGAGGAACGUAUGGGGCCUGAAAAAAAUCCUUGACUGCAUUAAGCACCACCUCGUCCCCACUAGAAGGUUUAUUUUUCCAGAGAGAGUCGAGUCAGACCUGGGAAGGAAUUAAGAAGAGUGUUGAAAGUGCGAGCGCGGAAGCUCCGGACGCGAGGGGCGGGGCGUGCGCGGGACAAAGGGAAGCGAGGCCGGAGCUGCGGGCGCUUUUUCUGCCCGCGGUGUCUCAGAUUCAUUCUUAAGGAACUGAGAACUUAAUCUUCCAAAAUGUCAAAAAGACCAUCUUAUGCCCCACCUCCCACCCCAGCUCCUGCAACACAAAUGCCCAGCACACCAGGGUUUGUGGGAUACAAUCCAUACAGUCAUCUCGCCUACAACAACUACAGGCUGGGAGGGAACCCGGGCACCAACAGCCGGGUCACGGCGUCCUCUGGUAUUACGAUUCCAAAACCCCCAAAGCCACCAGAUAAGCCGCUGAUGCCCUACAUGAGGUACAGCAGAAAGGUCUGGGACCAAGUAAAGGCUUCCAACCCUGACCUAAAGUUGUGGGAGAUUGGCAAGAUUAUUGGUGGCAUGUGGCGAGAUCUCACUGAUGAAGAAAAACAAGAAUAUUUAAACGAAUACGAAGCAGAAAAGAUAGAGUACAAUGAAUCUAUGAAGGCCUAUCAUAAUUCCCCCGCGUACCUUGCCUACAUAAAUGCAAAAAGUCGUGCAGAAGCUGCUUUAGAGGAAGAAAGUCGACAGAGACAGUCUCGCAUGGAGAAAGGAGAACCUUACAUGAGCAUUCAGCCUGCUGAAGAUCCAGAUGAUUAUGAUGAUGGCUUUUCAAUGAAGCAUACAGCCACCGCCCGUUUCCAGAGAAACCACCGCCUCAUCAGUGAAAUCCUUAGUGAGAGUGUGGUGCCAGACGUUCGGUCAGUUGUCACAACAGCUAGAAUGCAGGUCCUCAAACGACAGGUCCAGUCCUUAAUGGUUCAUCAGCGAAAACUAGAAGCUGAACUUCUUCAAAUAGAGGAGCGACACCAAGAAAAGAAGAGGAAAUUCCUGGAAAGCACAGAUUCAUUUAACAAUGAACUUAAAAGGUUGUGCGGUUUGAAAGUAGAAGUGGAUAUGGAAAAAAUUGCAGCUGAAAUUGCACAGGCCGAGGAACAGGCUCGCAAAAGGCAAGAGGAAAGGGAGAAAGAGGCAGCGGAGCAAGCUGAGCGCAGCCAGAGCAGUAUUGUUCCAGAGGAGGAGCCCGCAGCUGAUAAGACUGAAGAAAAGAAGGAAGACGAGAGCAUUCCGAUGGAGACAGAGGAGACACACCUUGAAGAAACAACGGAAAGCCAACAGAAUGGUGAAGAAGGCACGUCUACUCCUGAAGACAAGGAGAGCGGGCAGGAGGGGGUGGACAGUCUGGCAGAGGAAGGGACCAGUGAUAGUAACACUGGCUCGGAGAGCAACAGUGCAACCGUGGAGGAGCCACCAACAGAUCCCGUACCAGAAGAUGAGAAGAAAGAAUAAAUAUUGCCUUGUUUUAUGUGUUCUAAAUACUUUUUUAAAUGAAAAAAAAAAUGUUUUUUGAGUUUUAA